AUGCCAAAGAGAGGUAGACCACCAAAGAAUAGACCUUUAAAUACAACAGAUGAUCAUAAUACUAGACCAGGUUAUAAAGGUGUUGGUAGACCACCUAAAAAUAGAGAUAGAGAUAAAGAAAUCGAACAACAAUUAGAAUCUAAAAGAGAAUAUUUAGAUGAAAAGGUUCCUCUUUAUGUACCUUCACUUGAUAUAUAUAAAAAGAUUGGUGGUGAGAAUAGUGCAAUAUCAAAGAUUGCAUCUAUUGAUAUACCUUCAAAUUAUGAUAUUUCAGAUGAUGACCCUGAUGAUCAACCAACAACAACGACAACAACAACAACAACCACCACUACGACAACAACAACAACAACAACAAAUACAGAAACAACACCUAUUAAUAUAGAUGAUACAAUAUUAAAUCAAGCAUUAGAAGAUGUAGUUUCAUUUCAAAACUAUGUUUCAAAUUCAAAAGGUUUAAUAACAAAACAAAUCGAUUUAUUAAACAAUAAUCACAAGAAUUCAAAUCAAGUUAAAAAAUAUAGUAACUAUCAAAUUAUUAAUGUAAAAUUAAAUCAUAAUGAAAGAAUAAAUAGAAAUCAAGUCAAUGAACAUCCAAGGGAUAUCAAUGAUAGUGCAGUUUCGAUAAAGUCAACGACAACCAAUGAUAACGAUAUCAGUAGCGAUGCAAUGACGUUGGAUGACUCUGACAAUGCAGUCUCUAGUGCAUCGGCUUCAAGAUUAAAGAAGAAAAAGAUGGUUCAAGACGAUGAUUACGAUGACCAAGACGAUGAAGAUAUCGAUAUUCUCGAUAUCGAUCACAGUAUGAAUGAAUCGAUCGACUAUCAGGAUGACGAUGAUGAUCAUGUUAAGCGACCGACACCACCAGUAAAGGUUUUAAAGUUGACGGAGAACGACGAUCCUGGCGAUGACAUUGACGAUCAAACCAGUACUCUUUCCGACGACAGUACUACCACUGGCAGUGUUGCAGCACCCUAUCAUCAUCAUCAUCUCAAGAAAUCCGCAGGCAAAAAGAAAAACCUUAUCAAAAAGAAAGGUUCUAAAUAUCAACACGACGAGCUAUCAGCAUCGAGCAAGAACAAAAAGAAAAAGAAACAGGAGGAUGAACAGCCUAAAGUACACUAUAUCGGACCUAACGUGUUUUGGGCUGCUAUGGAUUCCUAUUUUCGUUGGAUCAAUGAAAUCGAUUUGGAUUUGGUGACACCAAAGCCAGAGGACUACUAUUCAUCGUCAUUCGUUAUUCCACCACUUGGAACGCACUACACUGAGCAGUGGUCAAACGAAGAUCAAGAGAGACUGUCAAAGCCAAGUGGUUUGCUACGACCACAGCCACAGAGAUUACAGCACAGCUCGUCAACCGAUAGUAUGGAAGAAACAAUGUCGUCGAGUGGUGGUAAUGAUGGAAUAUCCAGUGACCUGUUUAUGGGUGAUCUUUCGAUGCGUCUACUCUCAUGUUUGAUCGAAGAGAAUCUUUUGACGACAUCUAGUGCAACAAGCUUGGCAUCGAAGCAACCACAUCAACCCGGUGGUAAAGGACAACUACUUCCAACGGAAUCACCGAGCAACGCCUACAAUCCAGACACACAACUUUCAUUAGAAAAGAGAAUUCAAUUAGAGUUAAAGUGUUUAGGAUUGUAUGACGACUAUCAAACACCUACUACCGAACGUCAAGACGAUGAGAUUUGUGCUGAACUCAGAUUCCUGCAAAACCAACUACGUGAUCAAAUCAAUGCCAACAACCAAUUGAAAUCACAAACCUAUAUUAAAUGUAAACAAAUCAUGUCGAAACAAGAUCAAAUUAAAAAGAGAAAACAAUAUCAUUCUGUAUCUGAAAGAAAUUAUCAAAAGUUAAUGAAGAAAGAUAGAAAGAAAAAAAAAGUUAAAGCUUCACUAAAUUAA